CUCUAUAUAUAUAUUCAGCAUGUCGGGAGCCAAAACGGGAAAGAUGUUAAACUACGUGAAUUAUCGUAUGCGCGUAGUGAUAAGAGAAAACCGUGUUCUAGUCGGUACUCUUAUGGCUUUUGAUAAACACAUGAACUUGAUCCUUGGCGAUUGCGAGGAGUUCAGAAAGAUUAGAUCAAAGUCGGGAGUGGCUGUCGUCAAUGGUGUGAUUGAAGAACGCGAGGAAAAGAACACACUCGGACUUGUACUGCUCCGUGGAGAAAACAUCGUUUCGCUGCAAAUCGAGGGUCCUCCCCCACAAGAUCUUCCUACGCAAAUCGCUGCUGCAGGCCCUGGAACCGUGCGUGUUGCGGGCAGAGGCAUGCCGGCCGCUCCGCUGACCGCUGCGCCACAAGGUCUCGCGGGUCCUGUGCGUGGUUUGGGCGGUCCCAGCGCUUCGAUUAUGUCUGGUCAGGUGAUCGCCAGCGCGCCAGCGACCAAUGCUCGACCCGCCAUGCCGAUGGGCGUACCUGCCGGAAUGCCGAUGGGCGUGCCUGCCGGAAUGCCUGCGGGAAUGCCUGCGGGAAUGCCUGCGGGAAUGCCUGGAGCGAUGCCGAUGGGUAUGCCAAUGGGUAUGCCGAUGGGUAUGCCGAUGGGAAUGCCGAUGGGAAUGCCUCGACCUGGAAUGAUGCCUCCGGGAAUGGCAAAGAUGGGUGUGCCUCCAAGACCAGGAACGAUUCCUGGUACUCCAAGACCGAUGUCGCAGUAAUUUGUUUAUCGUUU